CCAGUCGUGGAUUGUUCGUCAAAGAAGAUUUUGACCCAAAAAAUUUUGGGAAUAUUUAUGGAAAAAAUUUCUUAGAAAUGCUAUUCCGGACUGCAAAACAAGGGCCAUUGGAUGGGGGAACAGCCCCCAAUAUUAGGGAGGAUGGCCCCCAAGGAGCUCGCCAUAUUUCAACUCAAGCCGUUCGAAACAGGAUGAAGAGUGUCAAGAAUAUUCAGAAAAUCACUAAGGCAAUGAAGAUGGUUGCAGCCUCAAAGUUGAGGGCUAUUCAAACCAGAGCUGAAAAUUCUCGUGGCCUCUGGCAGCCAUUUACUGCACUUCUUGGAGACACUCCUAGUGUUGAUGUGAAGAAGAACGUUAUUGUGACGAUCUCUUCAGACAAGGUCUUUGUGGUGGAAUUAACUCCACAUCAGUCAAGACAAGCAAGGCUUUGCACAAAGUGACUUCUGGUCCUGACAAAGAAACCACAUAUGUUAUUUUGGGAGAAAAAGCAAAAGUUCAGUAGGUGCGUGACUCAAAGAAGAACAUUGAGUUAAGCAUAACUGAAUUGCAAAAGAAUCCUCUGAAUUAUACCCAGGUCUCUGUUCUUGCUGAUGAUAUUUUGAAGAAUGUGGAGUAUGAUGCUUUGAGGAUUGUAUUCAACAAGUUCCAUUCUGUAGUUUCAUUUCUGCCAACAAUGGCAACUGUUUUAUCACCAGAGGUUGUUGAGAAGGAGUCUGAAUCUGGUGGAAAGAUUGGCGAUCUGGACUCUCAUGAAAUUGAAGGUGGAGAAACCAAGGGUGAAAUACUUCAAAAUCUGGCUGGGUUUCAGGUUUCUUGUGUAAGUCAAAUUCUCAUGUUUUGAAUAGUAACUGGGUUUGAGUCUGCUGUUGUGUGAAACAACUGUGGUGUUUGUUAACCAUGAUUCUAUCUCCCAAAAUCAUGUGAGCUAUGUUUAGAUUGAAGUCACUUUCUGAUAGGAAUUUGAGCAUAUAUUUUUUGUCCUAGUCUGAGAAUGCAUUAACGGUUUGAUCUUCCUUGACAAAAAUCCAUCAUAAGUAUGACCUUAACAAUUUUUUAUUAAUGUUUCUUUCUCUAUCUACUAAAUUUCUGUGCUUGCCAUUGUAAGAUUUUCGAAUUUUCCCCAGGUUUUGUUCAAUGCGCUGACCUUUUUGGUUUCGAUAUUUUUUUCUUUUCUCUUUAGAACCCGUCAAGCAUCUAUCACCACUGAAUUGAUUGAGAUCAUAUCCGGAGGAUCAGUAUUGGAAGGCUGAUUGCAGAAAACAGGUUGCUAGUUUUUUCGACGUUGACGAAAUAAAACUUUUGUGGAGACGCUUUGUUCAAACUUUGUGAUGCUACUGUUUGUGAUGAGCUACUCCAAUAAUCUUCCCAGAGUCAAUACUUAAUGUAUGGGAAUCAAAAUUAUUCUCUUAAUGUUCCCUUCCAUCGUUAGAUCCCUUAAACUCGCACAUGUGCCUUUCCAUUUUAUUUAUAGUCUGAUAUUGGAAGAACUUUCUUCGUCAUUUUCUUCUCAAUUU